AAUAAAGAAAAAUAAGAGCAAUUAUGGGCUCGAUUCAUCAGACAGGAUUAGAUUAUUGUGCGAAUCCAUGAACUCAAAAGAAAGUGUCAUUUUACAACCACAGGAAAAUGACUUAACCCUAGGCCUCUCUGACUGCGAUAAAUCCGUCAACGAGGUUAGCCUAAAGGAGAAGAUAAAUUUUUGGGAAAGUGAUUCUGACAUUAACAUGGACUCUGUGGAUGGGAACUGUUGCGUUUGUGAUGUGAAGGAAGAUUUUGCGAGCACCUUUAAGGCACUUUAUCACAAGAAGCACUGGGUGAAUCGAGGGGGUGAAAUCUGUCUUAAGCAGUGUUUUAUUUUUCAUCUGAACCUGGAUUUCCUUAGUGAAAAAAUUGAUGAUACAGGUAAAGAGUACUUAACAAGAGGUGAAUCUGCAACUCACCGAUCAAAGAUACAGGAUGUUCAGAAUUUGAUUGAAUUCCAGCCUCCAUCCGUAAUGCCGCAAGGGAAUGUUGGCACACCUACACUUCAUUUCAAGGACCUCAUAAGAGCCUGUCAGUUGCCUGGGAAUAUCAUCGGAAAACUUGGUCUGAAGUUUAAUAAACGAAGCAAAAAAAAGUUUGGGCAGGUACCCUUUGAUUAUGGAACUGAAGUCUGCUCUGGAAAUGUGGAAAGCGAAGAGAAUCAUGUGGCGUUUACAGCAGCAGGGGAUCUUAUUCCAGCCUAUAUUGAUGUCUCACGGCAUAGUACUGAAAAGCCCACGAAAAAGCUAAAACCAUCUGGACCCAGACUUGAACUAGAAAAGGAAUCUGAGGAUGGAGCUGAAGUUGAAGACUGGGAAAGAUACCAGUCAUUUCACGAGGAUGUUACUAGCCAGGAUCGUAUCAAGGAACGUUUAUACGAAAAGGAAAUCGAGCUGGUAUGGGAAAAAGGAGGCCCUGGCUUGGUCUUUUAUACAGAUGCCCAGUACUGGAGAGAGCAGGAUGGGGACUUUGACGAGCAGACAACAGAUGAAUGGGAUGUUGACAUGUCUAUAUAUUACGAUAAAGGAGCGGGAGAUUUUGAUGCCCAGAAUAGUGUUGCAAUGUUGGAGAGUAAUGAAUUACGGACUGGAACUCUCGCAAAGUCGGCUUUUAGAAGGCCAAAGAAACAACUUGACAGAGGUCACUCAAGCAGGAAGCAAGACAACGGAGUAAAGAGAAAAAUUAAAGGGCCCAGCGCUCCCCCUCAAAUAGGCAGGUUUGAAGCACACACAAAAGGUUUUGGCCGAAGGUUGCUGGAAUCUCAGGGUUGGAGUGACGGACUUGGACUAGGAAGAAAGGGAGAGGGCUUACCAUAUGCUCUUGAUAAUGAUGGCCAACAUCCUUAUGAUAAAAAAGGAUUUGGUUACUACGGAGAGAAGCUCCAGGGUUGGGGAGCACCAUCUACCUCUUCUAUUAGAGAUUUUUCCUCAGAGCAGGAUCAUGAACCUGCUGUUCGCAUUUCAACAAUAUUCGACUCUCCAAAGGAUGUUGAUCCCCCUGUUUCUCAUCUAAGGACAAGUGAGCCCACAAGACUGAAACAUCGACCCCCAGAUAUUACAUUCUCAAAGGCAUCAGAUUCACUUUAGUCAUAAGAUGCAUAUCUGUAAAUAUUCUGUGUACAGUAUUCUCCAAAAAAAUUUUUACUAUUGUAUUUUGUACAAAGUCAGACAUUGUGAUCCUACAGACAUGAAUUUGUAAAUUUAC